AGGGCAUCGUGUCUGUCAUUCGAAGGGAAAAAGGCGAAGGGAGGCAGGUGAGCGGCAGAUACGAACCGCGACAACGCUGGGCCUGUCGCCGUGGCCAGAAAAAUAAGAAGAGUAAAGGCAUUUGUUUUUCUUCUGUUCAGCAAAUAGCAAAACCCCCGCUUCGGUCUGCCUGCUUGUUUAGUGCUGUUGUCGCUCCUGCGCAUCAUUUUUUCUGCAUUGUCCUUAUGCGAGGCGUCGGCUGCCGUAACGAGCGCCAACGGCCACCGUGGCGACAUCCCCACACCCACCGCGGCGAGUCGUCCGACGAUGAUGACGAUGACCACCGCAAAGCUGCGGUUCACAGGCCGAAUUACACCGCUUCUUCCCCGGACGUUGACGUGUCGGCUCUCGCACCGGCAUGCCCCACGCUGGCUUCUUUGGGUGAGCGGCUGCGCCGUCCUCCUCCGCUGUUCUACUCCGAGGUGCUGGCCGACACGCGAAGGGCCAAUCUGCCAUGGAGGACGGCGUACGCAGCCCGGGACGCACCUCUCCACGUUCCGGUCUCCCACUGGCGACCGAGUGCUGCACCUCGAACCCAGACGGCAACAAAUGGCUGGGAGGGUAUGUCCACAACCCCUCCUCAAGAGGAACAAGCAAACGACGCACCUGCUGUGCGUCGCGUGGGGAGCGAUGAUGCGUCUCACAGCUUGGCUAUGGUGGAGCACUACCACGUCCUCGAACUCGAAGAGCAGCUGCAGUAUUGGCGGCAGCGUGCCCUGCAGAUGGAGGGGUGCAGCCUGAAGCGGGAGCGGGUGAUAAAGGAAAAGUUUGCGGCGGACUUUGCGGCGGCGCAGGCCACGUCGGAGGCCGUCAUACGGCAGCUGUUAGACAAGCAGCAGCGGGUGCUGGCGAGACGGCAACCGCAGGCGUCGGCGUCGUCAUCGUUUUCAUCGGUCUCCUCCGCAGCGUCCUCGCGAGGGAGAAGGCGCAACUCCUCCGAUAACGACGGCAAUCAUGCCCAGCUGGACGAGUUGCGGCGUCGUGUGGGCGAACUCACGAAAAGGAAUGCUGCCCUUUCCGCCUCUCUCGCGGCGGCGCAGCAUGCGGUGAAGGAGACAACAGCUGCUGUGGCGGCCUCCACGAGAACUCCAUCCGCAGAGGAUGCUCCGUCUCACAACGCGGAGACCUAUGACGACGACGAAUGCGACACGCCAGCGCGUAUUCAGCUCUGUGUGGUAGAUGUUGUGCAGGCACUUCUUCGCUGUUUAGAGCACGUUGCAGAGCUGCGUCGUUGCUGCGACGCCGCGGUCAACACGGACGGCCUCGGCCAUCCGCAGGAAGAAGGUGUAUCGUGCGAUGCGCAACCGGAGGACGAGCAACACCGACACUUUACACGGCUUCUUCUACAAUCCCUUUCCUCCUCACGCCAGGUCGGCCACCGCGGCUACUCUACCGCGGUGGCGUCGGCGAGAAGGGAGCCCCUCGUGCAGCAGCUCGCACGUCUGUGCGACGCGAUGGGGUACUUGGAUGACCUACUUCUCACGUGCGUGGACGACGUUGUCGUGGUCGGCAGCCGGGUGAGGGAUGAGUGGCAGCAAGAGCAGCAGCAAGACGCACGCAGCACGCACGCGUCUCUCCACGCUCUCCCGCCACGAGCUGAGGGACACGGAAGUGAUCAAAGUGCGCAGCGGGUGUCUGUGGCUCAGCAAACGACGCGCCACGACGCCGCUGCCACCACCGCAGAGGCGCUUCUGAAGCAGCAGCAAGAGGACAACGAGGCGGCCUUGCAGGCGCAGGAGCGGCUUCUACGCCGAUCAACGCAGGCACACGCAGCGGAGCUGGAGCAGGUGCGGGACGAACUAGCGCAGGAGAUGAUGAAGGCUGCCCGACGCGUCAGUGCGGCGGAGCACGACUGCGCCCUCCACGCCGAGCGCGAAGCGCAGUGGCGGUCACGCGUUGAGACAGCGGAAGUCGCGCGCGACGCCUGCGCGCAGGAGUGCGCGGUACUACGGCAUCGUCUCGAGGUACGGCAGCUGCGCGGGCCGUCCUUCGAGCGGCAAAGCAUGGCGGCGAAGGAGGAAAGGGAGAAAGGGAGUCAGAACGAGCAUCACAGACUAGCUGAUGCUUCGUUGCUGCCAACGCGGACGGAAUCGACAGCGGCGGCGCCGCGCAGGCCGUGGACAGGGCAGCCGGCGACGAGCGAAGGUGGGUCCGUGAGUGGAGGCGUGGGCAGCUCCGCUCGAGUCGCGACUACCGCCGCAUCUCCUGCAACACUCGAAGCGUUAUUGCACGGCAACAACAAUAGCGGCGACGCACCGCCGUCUCCUGUACCGGAACGCGCCUUGUGCAGCACGGAAGAUGGCGCCCACAGCAGCAAUGCCGCGCCGAGCGUGGAGGCAAUAGCGGCGGCCGUGGGAACCGGGACGAGAGACGCGCCCGUCGAUGUCGCUACGCCUCGUCGUUCCCUAAGCUACUCCCCGUUGGAGAAUGCGGAGAAGCCAGGGUCGAUACAGGAAGUCGCAUCACACGCACGCGCGGUCGAUACGAACGAUCCAGUGAUGCGCGAGACGGCGGUGGUGGGUGACAAAGGAUUUCCUAUGCACGUGGUGCAGCCCUCGCUCCUAGCGGACGACGCUGCACAACGCAGGAACGGUGCGGGCGUGUCAGCGCAGCAGAGGGUGCGCCGUAGUGCGUCCCGCACACCGCAUGUUGUAAGCCCCAGUGAAAGCUCUUCUCCCCUUGCUCGCAUGAGGGCGUGGGAGGAAAGGUUCAAGUCGCUCCUUACGCCUGCGUGA